AUGGUAUACAAGAUGUUYACAGUCGGGCUUGUAGCGAUCGCUUUCGUGGGCAUGAGCUGGUGUCAACAACUAAACACUGGUUUACCGUCACAAUACUUGCCGUCCACCAURUCACAGGGAUACUUCCAGGGGUCGUCAGCAGCUGUACAACAGGCACAAAACAAAUUUGAGGACAUCGAAAAUCAAUCUGAGAAAUUAUUGUCUUCAAACUUGGAAGUCUCUCAACAACAAGCACAGUCUUACCAAGAUGGUGUACAACAACAAAAUUUAGCUCAAUCAUACCCGUCAGCUUUCGAGAACAGUGGAGUGCAGUACUCGAUCAAUGCGCCAAACUCUUACCGUGACAACCAAGAUAGUCAACAGUACUACAAGCCAGCCACUCAACAGUCGGUCGAACCUCAAAUAUUAAUCACAAAGGAAUCGUACUCAUCCGCCUUACCUACAAUCAUCCCAGCCGCCACCCCAGCACCGGUUCAACCAGAUUAUAAACAACAGUUCACUGCCCCUACUUAUACUCAACAAGAUGUUUCUGCCGCUAAUGCUGCUCAGGCUCAACAAGAGUAUAAUCAUCAUCAAGAGUACAARCAUCAACAUUUGGCCUACGUCGCUCAAGCUCAAGAAGAAUACAAACAACAGAUUGCCGCUCUUGAACAGGCUCAACGGGAGUACAAACAACAGUUCGCCGCUCUUAGUCAAGCUCAACAAGAACUUAAUAAACAGUUCGCAGCGCCAGUUAAGGCUCAACAAGAAUUAAAAGAACAAUCCGCUGUACUUGCACAGGUUCAAAAAGAGUAUAACCAACAAUAUUUUGCCCUUGCACAAGCUCAAAAAGAGUACAAACAACAGUUCACCGCUCUAAACGAGGCUCAAAAAGAACUUAAUCAACAGUUCGCUAUACCAGUCAAAGCUCAACAAGAAUUGAUACAACAAUCCACCUUGCUUGUGCAGGCCCAAAAAGAAUAUAACCAACAGUUUUCUGCACUUGUACAAGCUCAAAAAGAGUACAAACAACAGUUCGCCGACCUUGCACAAGCUCAAUUGGAGUUCAAACAACAAUUUGCUGCACUUAUUCAAGCACAAAAAGAGCUCAAACAGCAUAUCGUGGCCUCAAAUCAAAUACCACUUGCACACAAACAGCGAUUCAGCUCCCCAUCUCAACAGGUAUACAGACAACAGUAUGCCGUUCCAGAUCAAGGUAGACAAGAAUACGGACAACGAUUCGGCGGUCCAGCACCCAGGUAUCAAUACAUCCAAAAAUCA